GGCUUGAGCGCCAGGCGGCACCGGAUGUACUUUAAGCCACAUCAGGAGUCAAUUCAACCCUGUCCCAGCAAGGCAUGGUGGGCUGCGAUUGGACCCCCUGGUGUGCUGUGGGCCUCCUUUCUACGUGCACCGCAUACCCUUUAUUGCCUCUUCUCAUUCAGAAUGAAUUUCCUUUGUCACCCGUCUUCCUCCCACCAGAUGUAGCACACAAACUGGGGCCAUACUCUCCAUAUUACGCUGUCUCGCCAUACGAGAUUCUUGAGCAGGAAUGUAAUUUAACGCAGGCAAACCUGCUUUAUAGGCAUGGCUCGCGAUAUCCUACGCGGAAAAGUGCCAUCGAUCUUGCAGAAACUUUCCACAAACUGCAAGCCAAUAAACUCGGUGGAGCUUUGAAGUUCAUAACAAAUUAUAGCGUCAAUCUGAACGCAGAUGACCUAGUUCUUUUGGGGGCCAUGGAGCUGGAAGAAGCUGGAAGGCGAGAUUAUGCAAGAUAUUCCCAGUUGCUCCCGAACGCUCCUGCCAAUGAACCAUUCCUACGAGCAACUAGUGCCCAGAGAGUAAUUGAUUCCGCUGGUAACUGGUCCGCCGCUUUCACAACUGCGAGCGGAGGAACUUUUCACGUUCCUCUUCCUCUGAUACUUAAGAGGAGUCAAGAUUUUAACAACACUCUCGGCACUUACAAUUGCCCGCAAUGGAACCGUUCUUUGUCUGAUGAAGCAAAAGGAGAUUUCUUAGCUUCCUUCGCCCCUGACAUCCUACACAGGCUGCAGGAAAUGGCACCAACUGCCGAACUCGGAGGAGAAGACGUGAUUAAUCUGUUCCAAAUGUGUGCAUUUGACUCCGUUGCGUCCAUGAAAUAUAGCCCAUUCUGCCGGAUAUUUGAGCCUGAAGAGUUUGAUCAGUUUGAGUACUAUGAAGAUGUCAGCAAGUAUUACUAUACAGGUUACGGACAUGCGCUCGGACCGGUUCAAGGCGUAGCUUAUGUAGCUGAACUCGUGGCAAGGCUAACCUCUUCACCCGUACAUGGGAUCACCAAUAUUAAUCGAACUUUGGAUUCAUCAAGUGAUACCUUCCCACUUGAUCGCAACCUUUACGUCGACUUUUCCCACGACAAUACCAUGGUGGCGAUUGUUUCAGCGAUGGGAAUCCACAAGCCACAGAAGCAUCUGUCCACCCAUAAACGGCAACAGAAUUCGGCGUGGGUAAUCAGCCGUAUUGCACCAUUCGCGGCGCGCCUUGUCGUGGAGAAAUACUCGUGUACGACGACAACAGCAUCCGGAUCCGACGAAUGGGUGCGAGUGCUUAGCGAUGAUGCCGUGAUGAAUCUUCCGGAUUGCAAGGAGACCAUGCCUGGAGGGCUGUGUUCAUUACAAUCUUUCGUUCGAGAGCAACUCGGCUAUGUCUAUAGUCAGCGAGCGAUAGCUGAUUGGGAUAAUUGUUUUUAAUUUCGCAGCAAUUAGACUAUCCAGGCAUUCUUGAGCAAUCAAUCCAGACUCUGUGUCUCCCAGCCGC